UCAUCGUGUCGUGUAUAUAUAGAACGGCAAGAAAAAAAAAUUGGAUUAUACAAAAUACUUCACAUUGGCAUCGUCGCGCCAAUUUUGCAGAGUUCAGAUUCAGAUCGUCGAGCUGGUGGAAAUGGCUUUCAGAUUCAAUUCUGAUGAUGCGACUGGCUUUAAGCUAUUGCUCUGUUUAGCCGUUAUGUAUGGUCUCAUGUCGAUGCUGGUUCACUCCAUUGUUCACAUGAAGUUUAUUAAGCCGCUCGCAAUUGAUGCGCCUCUUCAUCAGUUCUCCGAAGCCAGAGCGGUCGAGCAUGUGCGAAUUUUGUCUCAAGAGAUCGACGGUCGCCAGGAGGGUCGUCCGGGUAUUAAAGAAGCUGCUCGGUAUAUAAAAGGGCAGUUGGAGAUGAUGAAGGAACGUGCUAGUGAUGAAUUUCGAAUCGAGAUCGAGGAGACGGUUGUUGAUGGUUCCUUUAGUAUGAUGUUUCUGGGCCACAGCAUAUCACUGGGAUAUCGAAACCACACUAAUAUCUUAAUGAGAAUUUCAUCAGUAGAUUCACAAGACACCGACCCAUCGGUUCUAAUAAAUGGCCAUUUUGAUAGUCCACUUGGAUCGCCGGGUGCUGGUGAUUGUGGCACAUGUGUUGCAUCAAUGUUAGAAGUUGCUAGACUUAUUGUAGACUCUGGAUGGGUUCCUCCUCGUCCUCUUAUUUUUCUUUUCAACGGUGCAGAAGAGCUGUUUAUGUUGGGUGCACAUGGAUUUAUGGAGAAACAUAGAUGGCAUGAUACAAUUGGAGCUUUUGUAAAUGUUGAAGCAUCUGGUACUGGAGGUUUAGAUUUAGUUUGUCAAUCUGGACCUGGCUCUUGGCCUUCACGUGUUUAUGCUCAGUCUGCUGUGUACCCCAUGGCUCAUAGUGCUGCUCAGGAUGUGUUUCCAGUUAUUCCCGGAGAUACAGAUUACAGGAUAUUUUCUCAGGAUUACGGCAACAUACCUGGCCUAGAUAUUAUCUUCCUUUUUGGUGGUUAUUUUUACCAUACCUCAUAUGAUACAGUGGAGAGACUAUUACCUGGAAGCGUCCAAGCACGGGGAGAAAAUUUGUUCAGCAUAAUAAAGGGAUUUACGAAUUCUUCAAUGCUUCAAAAUUUUUAUAAGCAAGCAUCUCCUGAAAUUACUAUCCAUCGAGACAAAGACGAUGGGGCUAUAUUCUUUGAUUACCUCUCAUGGUUUAUGGUCUUUUAUUCUAGAAGACUAGCUCUGAUACUUCACAGAAUUCCAAUAGCUGUCUUCCUAGUAAUGCCAUUCCUUUUGAACUUACGGAAUUUUAGCAUGACUUCAUGCUUGGCAACAUUUUCUGAUUUGACUAAAGGUUUUUUGUUUCAUGCCUUGGGGGUUUUCCUUGCAAUCGUUUCUCCAAUUAUGUUUUCCAUCCUAAGAUUGCUAUUCACCAACUACUCCAUGAACUGGUUUUCACAUCCAUACUUGGCUUAUUUGAUGUUCAUCCCCUGCUCACUAGUUGGUCUUCUGAUUCCAAGAACUUUUUGGAGUUGCUUUCCUCUCUCCCGUGAUUUUUCAGUCCUUCAGGCCUCAAAAGAGAUGUUGUCUGAUGAAGCAAGGUUUUGGGGCGCUUUUGGAUUCUUUUCCAGUUUGACAAUGGCGUAUCUUUUAGCAGGGCUUAGUGGUGGCUUCUUGACCUUCUUUGCGUGCAUUUCUAUGCUUGCUGCCUGGUUGUCAUUUUCCUUGGCAGCCAAGUGUUAUGGCCGCAGGUCUCUCAGGUCAAUAUUGUUUUAUGUGUUACCAAUGGUUCCAUACCUUGCAUACUCUGUUUAUUUUGGAGGCUUCCUCGCCCAAUUUUUGAUUGAGAAGACAGGCAUGAUGGGCUCCAUUCCACCUCCAUAUGGGUAUUUCAUUCCAGAUAUUGUAGUGGCAGCUACUAUUGGAGUUGUGACUACUGUGUGCAUUGGCCCUCUGAUUCCAGUGUGUGGGCACUGGUUAGCUAGGUCAUCCAUCUUGCAAUUCUUGCUGCAGAUUAUUGUAAUUGGGUUGGCUGUUUCCUCUCAAUUCUUUCCAUAUAGUAUGGCUGCUCCGAAGAGGGUAGUUCUUCAGCACACGUACCUUACUUCAGGUCCAAAAAAUCUUGAGAAUUCCAGUUAUGAACUCUCUGUGGUGGAUUCUAAUUCUCUACUCUUUCUUUUGAAACAUGCUCCUGAUGUGGCAAACGAAUUGCAGACUGAUUUACAUCUGUCUUUUGAAACUGCAAAUUUGUCUGGCCAAGAGAACUGGCUGGCACUUUUUCCAGUUUCCUUCUUGUUCUCAAGAAGUUUGAAGUUCCCUGCCAAAGAAUCAACUUCAACGAAAGAUUUACUAUUCCCUUCUUUGAUUGCCAGUAAGCCACAAACAAUUUCGGAUGAUGGAUCUCGGAGGGUUUACUUGGAACUUUCCCUAGGUUCCGUGGAGGAGGUUUGGGUCACAGUUCUCAACAUCACUGGGCCUUUAUCAAAUUGGUCAUUUGCAGACAAUAAACUUCCAGCACCUGAGAAACUUGACGGUGGGCCACCCUCUUACGUUUUAAGACUUAGCGGAUCCAGUGAUGAAAACUGGAGAUUCUGGCUAGAGGCUAAAAGUCAGGAACGAUUGAGAAUCAACAUCGCCGUAUUGGAUCAACAGUUGACAAAUGAAGUAAAGAGGUUGAAAAGUCUUUUCCCAGACUGGGUGGAUGUAAUUGCUUAUUCCAGCUUCAUGUCUACAUAUACCUUCUGAUUCCUCGCGUCGGUUGCCGGCUCCAGAAGAGUUAUAGCUGAUAACGUUCGGGUUAGGGUUUGGGUUUUACUAGUAGGAGUUCUUCCACCCCUCCAUCCUACCAAGCUUAUAGGAUUUUAACCCAAAUAAUUUUAGAAAAUUUUAAUAUUUAAGAGCUUGGUUAGUUUAAUUGCAGGAUAGCUGUGAUAUUCUGUUUUUCCAUAGUAAUGAAAGAAAACUGUUUCUAGAUACAGAUUUGAAAAGUUUUAGGUGUUUCCAGUGUUUCGAGUUUCUGAAGCAAGAAUACGAAGAAAGGCCUAGUUCAUGCGUUUUUCUUUU